UAUGCUAUUUUGCAAUAGUUUACUAAUCCGAUUGGUUACCAACUUUUUUUCCAAUUUUAUUAUUAAUUAAUAAAUAAUAAAUAAUAAAUUAUCGCCGUGACCGUGACGAGUCCGUCACGGCGGAUUAAAAAUUUAAAUGUCAUGGGAACCUCAACAGUCAACACCUCCACCACUAGGGUCAAUUUCGUCAUUUAUUCAGGUAAAGGUCAAUUCAAUUCAUAUCAUAAAGGCUAUUUACGUCUUUUCACAUGCACUGUUCUCCUUACUGUUUAUCAGACAGUAAAACCCUCUCUCUGGAAUGGCUUGCAGAGUUGGCAAUGUCUUCUUCCGCCUGGCGCCUACUCCCUCCCCUUUCUCUCUCCUCUUUCUCUCUCACACACACACAAACACACACACACAGAGAAACAUGAAAACAUGGAUAACACUUUCUCUCUCUAUGCAUCACUCUCUCGGCAGUUAAGCUGCUGCAAUCCCCCUACCUAAAUUGUUUCUCUCUCUAGCUUUCGCUACAAUUUUUUUUUGUUUCUUCCCGCAUUAUUUCUCGCAAAUCAUUCCUUCAUUUAAUUCAGUAGAUGCUAUUUCGCAUUUCCCCUUUGUUUCUGCAGUGUAAUUUGUCCUCGUACGACUCCUAGAGAGAGAAUUUUUUUUUGUGGAGUCUAUUGGAAUUCGUUCUGUUUUUUGUGUGUAGCAAAACGAUGCCGUUGGUGAGAGUGGAGGUGCGUAAUGAGUACGCGCUCGGAGCACCGGAGUUGUACAGAGAGGCGAAGAAGGAAGAUCCGAAGGAGAUUCUCGAAGGAGUCGCCGUCUCCGGCCUCGUCGGAGUCUUACGUCAGCUUGGCGAUCUCGCUGAAUUUGCAGCAGAAGUUUUUCAUGGCUUGCAGGAGGAAGUGACGAUAACAUCUUCUAGAAGCCAUAAAUUGAUGGCUCGUGUUCAACGAAUUGAAGCUGCACUUUCUCCUCUUGAGAAGGCUUUACUAGCACAGCGGAGCCACUUGCACUUUGCUUAUACUGCUGGAUCCAAUUGGCAUGCACGUAUCCGAAGUGAACAGAAUCAUUUUGUAUACAGUGAUGUGCCUCAAUUUAUCAUGGAAUCUUAUGAAAACUGUCGUGACCCUCCAUGUUUGCAGUUGCUUGAUAGGUUUGAUUCUGGCGGACCUGGUUCUUGCUUGAAAAGGUAUUCAGAUCCAACUUUCUUUAAGAGAUCAUCAGUGGCGUCUGGUGAAGCUAGUACCGACAAGAUUUCAAGAGAUAAGAAGGGUCGCAAAAUUAAGAAAAGGAGGUCAUUUCCCAAGAAUGGAGAAGUAUCACGAGAUACAUCAGCUUAUAACAGUGGCAGAAUGCGUUUCGGUCAUCUGAAUAUUGGUGUGCAUUCCCCUUCUCAAACUGCAUCGACGUACGAUGCUACACUAAGAUCCGAUUUCGGUGAGCAAUCAAAUUUGCAUUUGAGAAAUGGUUCAGGCUUCACCGAUGGUGAUUCCCGUACAAGUUACUCAGUGCAACCUGAAGAACAAGAUUCUAGAGAAUCCAUUUCUUCUCUGGCAAAGAGGCGCAGCGAUUUCUUAGACUAUAAUUUCGUCGAUGAACAAAUUACAAAUGCAUAUGAUGAUAUUGAGAUUAAUCUAUCAGAAGAGCAGGCUGGCUGUAUUCCGUCUUCUGUCACUUGGGACGAAAAGAGAGAAGCACUUGAUCCAACCAGACGGGUUUCCGGUAAUAAUGGAAUUAAGCUGGAGGAUGACCAUAAUACACAUUUAGAAUCAUUCUCUCAGGAUCUGGACUCAGAAAUUCUCUGUGAUGAUGCUGUUAAUUUUGUAACUGUUGACAAAAUGGAUCUCCCAUCUUAUGAUCAUGCUGUGGAAUCUGGUGAUGUACAUAUUGAUGAGAUAGAAAGUGAAACUGAUCAUUUCAUGGAUGCGCUUAAUACAAUUGAGUCAGAGUUUGAAACUGAGAUAGACUGCACAAAAAAGCAAGAAGUAGAGGAUUACCAUAAGUUGGAUGACAAAGGAGUAGAUGACGAGCUCAUAAGACAUAAUAUUGAAUGCCAAUCUUCAAAUUCCGAGCCUAAUGUUUUGUCCAAUCCCAUUGAGUCAGAGUGUGAAGCUGAUAUAGACUGCACAGAAAGAGUAGUUGAUGCAGAAAAUGAGCUCGGAAGACACAAUAUGGAAUGCCUAUCUUCAAAUUCUGAAUCUAAUGUUUUGUCAAACAGUUCUCUGGUCAAUGGCAGUGGUGCACAUAAUCUCGUUUCAACGACUCCAAAACCCCUUGAUGCAACUACCAGUUCGAUUAAUGGAGUAGCAGCCAAGGAUGAAAUUAAAGCAAUAUCUCUAGCAGAAAAGGAUUUACAGUCAUCUCAACAAGCUGGAGAUUCAUCAAGUCCAGUCAGUCCACAGCAUCUUGAUUCUGGUAAUAAUGUCGUAUCUACUUCAUGGACUGCAUCAGCCAACUUCAGAGACAGUAGGCCAGGGAUGCCAGUUACUGAUAGAGCAACGAACAGUGCUGAAUCUCAGAAACAAUUACCAGAAACUUCUAAUGCUGCUUCAUUUACAUUCUGGACUAAUGGUGGCUUGCUAGGUCUCCAGCCUUCAAAGCCACCAGAUUUCGGUGUAUCAAAGGCUCUUCCCCAAGAUCAAAUGCAUAAGGAAGAUGCAGCAAAACAGGGACAAAUGGAGAACUUAAAAGGUAUUACAGACCACGAUGAUAUGGAUAGCUCUACAUGCCAUGAUUACCAGGAAAGAGGCGCAUCAUUUCGGAAAACAUCUUGGAAAAUUUCGCCUGCUGAUUUAGACAUCAAACAUGGUAAAUAUGGUGACUUACAAUAUCACAAUAAUGCCAAUUCUACUGGAUCAAGUGUAACAACAGCAUCUGGAAGUUUUGUGCCGGUAAAUUCGACUGGAUCUAACAAGAAACUGUUGACCGGAGGCAGUGGAAACUACUAUCCUACUGUAGACCAUCAGAAUGCUAAUGCUUUUGAGCAGAAAAUUAAUCGAAACGGAACAUUUUCUGGACGAAGUAAAGAUCCCUUUAUCGGCGACUCUCCUGUUUUGUCACCUUCUUCAUCACCUCCACUUAAGCACAUGAAAAUAUCGUUCCAACCAAUAGGUGGCUUUGAGACUACGAAGCUGAAACUGAAAUUCCCAGAUGUAAACACUAAUAGCGGGAAUGGCAGUGAUAUCUUUCCUUCAUUUCAGUUGGUCCCAGAGGCAUCCUUUACUCCGCAGGAGGUUGGCUCAGACUCAGAUGCUGACACAUUUUAUAGGUCAUCACCUUCUUUAUCAGAUGAUUGUCACAGCAAUCAGUCUGAAUCAAAUUCCGACCAAUGGGAGUCCAGCGAAUCUCCCACUAGCAAGGACCGUGAUAUAUACGAUUCCUUUCGCAGAGUCUCGCUGACUGAAUCUGUUUCAGCGGUUCAGGAAAAGGGGAGGACUAACCGUGAACUUCAAUUGCCUUUUACUGAAAACGGCGCGCAAAAUUCUGAAUCUUGUGGCUCGUCUGAUGCUCAAAGUUUAAGCACCGUAAAUAACUCUAUCAGAAAGGAACUAAGAAAUGACACCAACCUAAAUGACCUUGUGGAGCCGCUAUUUGUGCCUAGUCCUGCUCCUCCACCUCUGCCUCCAGUUCAAUGGCGAGGUAGUUCGGCCCCAUUGGAUGGUUCCGAGGACAAGCCUGAAAGCUCUUAUUAUGCAUCAUUUGAUCGUACACAUUCAUCAUCUACAAUCUCUCAGCCUAAACCAGCCCCAUUAAAUGAAGAUCAAAUUGAUACGGCAAAUACGCAGAAACUCAAGCAGUCCAGCUCAUGGAAGUCAAAUAAACAAAGAGAAGCUAAUCAGAGCACGAAUGUCGAUGAAAACGACUUCCUACGGCAAAUUAGAACAAAAUCAUUCAAUCUGAGACGAACUGUGACUGCAAAACCUACCGUACCAUCAGGAUCCUCUGCCACUGUCCAAGUCACCGCAAUUCUGCAGAAAGCCAACGCCAUUCGCCAGGCUGUUGGAAGCGAUGGAGAAGAGGACGGGAACUGGAGUGACAGUUGAACUCUCUCCAGUUAUUUUGUUUCCGAUUUCGACAACUGGUGGAGUGACUCUAGAAAUGCAAAAUACGUACAGCUUGCAUUAGCCUUAUUUAAUUACUAUUAAUUAAAAUAUGAAAGAAGAGAGACUUUCAAUUUAUUCUAUUCAUUAAAGUAAAGCAAGUUGAAUGUUAGCCACGUCAGCAACGCAACGUGUUAAUCCAACUUUUCCAACACAGUAGUGUGCUUUUUAUUACACUAAUUUAAUAAUCAAAGUGCACCGAGAUAUUUUCUUG